UUAAGGUCAAUAAAUUGUUGCAUAUCUUUUCUAUUUGACUCUGCCCUUCGCAGUCACUUUAGCCUUGCUCAGUGCUACCAUUCUCAGAAGGUACUUUUGGAAAAGCAGAAGUGCCCUCUCUAUUAAUAAAGUGCCAGACCAUGCAGCACAGUGCAAGCAGAAAGAGAAGCAGCCAAGCAUAAAAUAGCAAGCACAGUUUCUGCUGAACAAGAGCAGUAGCAGACUACAAGGAAAGAGACAAUGUCUUCUGAAACAGUCCAACAGGGAAGUCAGACAGCUCCAGUAAAGCAACCUGGAUGGCCAAUGCUAUUUUGUCCCAUCUCCCAAAUUCAAGACAAAGAGGUUGCCAGGAUCCGUAAAGAAUGCAAACAGGAAAGUUUCUGGUAUAGAGCUCUUCCGUUAUCUCUUGGGAGCAUGCUUGUCACCCAGGGGCUGAUCUCAAAAGGCAUUUUCUCAGCAAGCCCAAGAUUUGGUCCAUACCCCAAGAUGGCAAUUGCUGGUGUCUUGGGUUAUGCCAUUGGAAAGAUGUCAUACAUGGGAGAAUGCCAAAAAAAGUUUCAGAAAGCGGGUAUUGCACCGUUUGGUCCACAACAAAAAAGGCAUUGUCAUCAUGUUUGCAAAGAAUGUAAAGCAAAAUUGGGAUCGAAUGAGAGAGAAGGUUCAAGUCCUUCAGCAUCUUAGUCCCAGAUGUGGUGAACGUGAUAAAAACCUUAUGGACCAUUUUCUUUCAAGGCACUUUCCUGAAGACUAGAAAUAAUAAUUUUGUGAUUCUAUCUCUUUGGUAUAAAUCGACUUAUUUGAAAUAGUUGCAUAUUUUUACAUAGUUCUGUUUGUAUUAAAUACCAGUUUUUUGAAAUUCA